AGACCAAUGUGCAGUCACUACUUACAAUUAUGGAUUGAUCCAACAAACUGUCCCAACUGUCAGCUUAUUGUGGACCGAACCAAUGUACAGUCACCACCUACAAUAAUGGAUCGAUCCAACAUAGCAGCCCAUAAGCUGACUCGUGCUAUCCGGAAGGCUUCCCUAUAGGGUACUGUCUGUUCAGCCAACCCCGGGCAGUGAUUGGACGGUGAGUGGGCAUUUGCUGCAAGUACAACGUGUUACAGGAAGCAGUAGUAAAUGGAAGGCCUGGGACAGCAAACCAUGAAUGCAACAGGGGCGGGAUACCCACUGGCCUCGCUGUAUGUAGGUGAUCUGCAUGUAGAUGUAACAGAAGCAAUGUUGUAUGAAAAGUUUUCUCCAGCCGGCCCAAUAAUGUCCAUCAGAGUAUGCCGUGACAUCUCUACACGCCGGUCCCUUGGCUAUGCCUACAUCAAUUUCCAGCAACCAGCAGAUGCUGAGCGAGCUCUGGACACCAUGAAUUUUGAGGUCAUUAAAGGCCGGCCGAUCCGCAUCAUGUGGUCUCAGAGGGACCCUGGGCUUCGGAAAUCUGGUGUAGGAAAUGUGUUCAUCAAGAACCUAGAUGAGUCUAUCGACAACAAAGCUUUGUAUGAUACCUUCUCAGCAUUUGGGAACAUUUUAUCUUGUAAGGUGGUUUGUGAUGAAAAUGGAUCAAGGGGGUAUGGUUUUGUUCACUUCGAGACACAAGAAGCUGCUAAUCGGGCAAUCCAGACCAUGAAUGGCAUGCUACUCAAUGAUCGCAAAGUAUUUGUUGGCCAUUUUAAAUCGCGGAGGGAGAGAGAAAUGGAAUAUGGGGCAAAGGUCAUGGAAUUCACUAAUGUAUACAUAAAGAAUUUUGGUGAAGAUAUGGAUGACGUAAGGUUAAAGGAAAUCUUUUCUGCUUUUGGAAACACUUUAAGUGUAAAAGUAAUGAUGGAUAAUGGCGGACGCUCACGUGGAUUUGGCUUUGUUAAUUUUGGGAAUCAUGAAGAGGCGCAGAAGGCAGUUGCAGAAAUGAACGGCAAGGAGAUAAAUGGACGCAUGGUUUACGUUGGGAGAGCUCAGAAGAGGAUAGAGCGCCAGAGCGAACUGAAACGCAGGUUUGAACAGAUCAAACAGGAGCGAAUCAGUAGAUAUCAGGGUGUGAAUUUAUAUGUAAAAAACCUGGACGAUGGAAUUGAUGAUGAACGGCUAAGAAAGGAGUUUUCUCCAUAUGGGACCAUAACCAGUGCAAAGGUCAUGACGGAUGGAGGACACAGCAAAGGGUUUGGUUUUGUGUGUUUCUCCUCACCAGAAGAGGCCACCAAAGCAGUCACAGAGAUGAAUGGACGGAUAGUGAGCACAAAGCCUCUGUAUGUAGCACUUGCACAACGAAAGGAGGAAAGGAAGGCAAUUCUCACCAACCAAUACAUGCAGAGAUUAGCUACAAUGAGAACUCUGCCCGCUCAUAUGCUGGGAGGAUUCCAACAACAAAGCUACUUCUUACCUGCUGUGCCACAGCCACCAAACAGAGCCUAUUAUAAUCCAAGCCCUGUGGCGCCUGUACGUCCAACGCCUCACUGGACUACCCAGCAGGCCAGGCCUCCACAGUAUCAUCAACCUCCACCUAUAAUGCGGGCAGUGCCUCCAAGACGUGCUGCUUCUAACAUAAGUACAAUGAAGCAAGCUUCAACACAGGUGCCAAGGGUUGGUCCUCAGACCCAAAGAGUUGCAAAUAUAGGCACCCAGACGGCUGGUGCUCGGGCCCAGCUUAACCCAUCGGCUAUGCGCCCAGUGACACAGUACAAAUAUUCUAACUCUGUGCGGAAUGUGCAGCAAGUUGUGAACAACGUGCACUUACAGCAGGUAGUCAUGGAACCGGCCGUACUAAUGCAAGGACAGGAACCUCUCACUGCGUCCAUGUUAGCAGCCGCCCCACCACAAGAGCAAAAACAAAUGCUAGGUGAAAGGAUUUAUCCUCUAAUACACAGUAUGCACGCAGCACUUGCUGGGAAAAUAACUGGUAUGCUGCUGGAAAUAGACAACUCAGAGCUGUUACAUAUGCUGGAAUCUCCGGAGUCCCUUCAUUCAAAGGUUGAGGAAGCAGUCGCCGUCCUGCAAGCGCAUCAUGCUAAGGACACUACCCAUAAAAACAACUAACCAUCCCUCAUGCGAAAUGCUGCUGCCCA